UUUAAUAUCGCUCCCACGAAUUCAAAACGCGGAAGAGGACGAACAUUCCUCUUCUCCCAGAAAAUAAGAAACAGAUCUCGGGAAAAAUCGCCGUUCCUAAUCGCCACGAAAUAUUAUCUGAGAAUCGUCCUCAUCAGCUGACAGAAUUUCGUCAGCAUGACUAACGUUCCAAAUGAUCCACUCUUACAAAUGGAAACAACAUGUGGAACACUUCUGCAUGAACUUCAGAUUAUUUGGGAUGAAGUAGGCGAAACUGAGGCCUCAAGGGACAAAAUGUUGCUUGAGGUUGAACAGGAGUGCUUAGAAGUUUAUAGAAGAAAGGUAGAUCAAGCAAAUCGUUUUAGAGCUCAGCUAAGGCAGGCAAUUGCUGAUUCCGAAGCAGAAUUGGCUGCCAUCUGCUCUGCAAUGGGAGAGAGACCAGUACAUACGAGGCAGGUUGAUCAAAAGGCUGGAACCUUGAAAGAAGAGAUGGCCUGUGUUCUUCCACAAGUGGAUGAAAUGCGGAAAAGAAAAGUAGACAGAAGAAACCAGUUUUUAGAAGUCCUUGAACAAAUACAAAAGAUUUCCUAUGAGAUUUAUGGAUCAAAAUUUUCACAUUCCAGUAUAGCUCUAGAUGAAAAUGAUUUAUCAUUGAGAAAGCUAGAAGAACUAGAAGGACAGUUACACACACUGCAGAAUGAGAAGAGUGACCGACAGAUGGUUAUUCAGGAGCACCUUCAUACUCUAAACUUGCUUUGUUUAGUGCUUGGGAUGGAUUUCAAGCAGACAGUGAAUGAAUUUCAUCCCAAUUUGGGUAGCCCAGAAGAAGGACCUUUCGAUAUAACUAGUGAAUCAAUUGAAAUCCUGGCUGCCGCAAUAACUAAUUUGCGGGAGGUCAAAUUACGAAGAAUGCAGCGGCUUCAAGAUCUGGCUACUACUUUGUUGGAGCUUUGGAAUCUAAUGGAUACACCAAUGGAAGAACAACAGCUAUUUCAGAGUGUGACAUGUAAUAUAGCUGCUUCAGAAGAUGAAAUAACCGAACCCAAUAGUCUCUCUGUGGGCUCAAUUAAUUCUGUUGAAGCAGAAGUGUCCCGGUUAGAAGAGUUGAAAUCAAGCAAGAUGAAAGAACUUGUUUUGAAGAAGAGGUCAGAGCUAGAUGAGAUUUGUAGAAAAACACAUUUGGUCCUGGAAGAAGAUACAGUAGUGGAAUAUGCAAUUGAAACUAUAGACUCUGGAGAUGUUGACCCUGCCAGUAUUCUUGAGCAAAUUGAGCUUCAGCUCGCCAGGAUUAAAGAGGAAGCAUUUGUCAGGAAAGAAAUUCUUGAAAAAGUUGAGAAAUGGUUGACUGCAUGUGAUGAGGAGUGUUGGCUCGAGGAAUAUAAUAGGGAUGAAAAUCGAUAUAAUGCCGGUAGAGGGGCUCAUCUCAUUCUCAAACGUGCAGAGAAAGCCCGAUCUUUGGUUAAUAAGCUUCCAGGAAUGGUUGAUGCAUUAACUUCAAAAACAAUGGCAUGGGAGAAGGACAGAGGCAUUGAGUUUACAUAUGAUGGUGUCCGACUGCUUACAAUGCUUGAAGAAUAUUCUAUAUUAAGGCAAGAGAAAGAGCAGGAGCGUCGCAGGAUGCGGGACCAGAAGAAACUCCAGGGACAGUUAAUAGCAGAACAGGAGGUUCUUUACGGAACAAAGCCGAGCCCCUCAAAACCCCAGAGUGUUAAAAAGGCUCCCAGAGUUUCAGCUGUAGGUGCAAAUAGUAGUAAAAGGCUUUCUCUUGGAGGGUCUAUGCACCAAACGCCCAAGCCUGAUCCAAUUCACAAGGCAACGCCUCAGUCACGUCCAUCUAGGAAAGGUGAUCAACUCCACCUGAAUGAUCAAAACUUCCAAUACGAUGAAGGAUUUGGAGCUCUUCCAGCUGGUCGAAGAGAACUCGAUUUUUCUGGUCACCCUGUGAGCCACAGCAACCCAUUAACCAAUGCUCGGGAAGCAGAGUCACCAUUGAUUCGGAAACCUUUCGCACCAAUUCCUACCGCAGUGCAACCAAAGACGAACACUACGAAUUCAACCAAUGAUGCAAACACAGAGCGUACAACCAGCGACGUUCCAUUUUCCACACCUUUGAAGAAGACUUCAGUUGCUGCAGCUGAUGAAGAUCAGAACAUGAUGACUGCAAAGGCAAUGCCAAUUCCAGUGCCGUCAACCCCUUCAACUCUAUCAGUUGCAAUGCAGACCGCUGAAACCCCCGCAGCCCCACCGCCUUCUUCUGCUUACAAAGCUGAGGAAAUCCCCGAAGACGAUGUUGAAUAUUCGUUCGAGGAACGAAGAGCCGGGUUUGUGCUUCCUAAAACGCAUAUAAAAUCAAUACAGGUUUGAUUGUUGUUGGCACAAAAAAUGGGGGUUGGGUUUGCCUCAGGGUGGUUUAGCAAGUUUAUUGUGUUAGUUUUUUGGUAGUUGGGGGAAAUUUUGAAGUCAAUUUCAAUUGGCUUUUUCGGAAUGUGUACAUAUAUUUUACUCACGGAGAGAUGGAUUGGGGAUGUGUCUCAAGCUAUGUGGAACUUUUCAAAUUUCAAACCAUUCUUAUUUUAUCAUCCUUGCUUCAAAUGCUAA